AUGGUAGUAGUGAGCAUCUGCCUCGCCAUCGAGCAGCAACAGAACAGGUGUGACAAGGAUGGUGAAGGUGACAACGACGAGGAGGAAGAGGGCAGGGAGGAGGAAGACGACGACGAGGAGGACCAGGACGAGGAGCUGGAGCAGGAGCAGGAGCAGGAGCAGGAGCAGGAGGAGAAGGAGGAAGAGGAGGAGGAAGAGGAGGAGGAGGAGGAGGAGGAGGAGGAGGAGGAGGAGGAGGAGGAGGAGGAGGAAGGAGGAGGAAGGAGGAGGAGGAGGAGGAGGAAGAGGAGGAGGAGGACGAGGAUGAGGAGGAAGACGAGGAGGAGGAGGAGGAGGAGGAGUAGGAGUAGGAGGAGAAGGAGGAGGAGGAGGAGGAGGAGGAGGAGGAGGAGGAGGAGGAGGAGGAGGAGGAGGAGGAGGAGGAGGAGGAGGAGGAGGAGGGCGACGAGAAAGAAGUCGACGACGAUGAGGUGGAGGAAGACGAGGAGGAGGAGGAGAACGAGGAGUAGGAGGAGGAAGACGAGAAGGAGGAGGAGGAAGAGGAGGAGGAGGAGGAGGAGGAGGAGGAGGAGGAGGAGGAGGAGGAGGAGGAGGAGGAGGAGGAGGAGGAGGAGGAGGAGGAAACACCACAUCGAUAAGAAGCAACCGGACCAGCACAAGCAGCGAAUGGUAGUAGUGAGCAUCUGCCUCGCCAUCGAGCAGCAACAGAACAGGUGUGACAAGGACGGGGAAGGCGACGACGACGAGGAGGAAGAGGGCAGGGAGGAGGAAGACGACGACGAGGAGGACCAGGACGAGGAGCUGGAGCAGGAGCAGGAGCAGGAGGAGAAGGAGGAAGAGGAGGAGGAAGAGGAGGAGGAGGAGGAGGAGGAGGAGGAGGAGGAGGAGGAGGAGGAGGAGGAGGAGGAGGAGGAAAAGGAGGAGGAGGAGGAGGAGGAAGAGGAGGAGGAGGACGAGGAUGAGGAGGAAGACGAGGAGGAGGAGGAGGAGGAGGAGGAGGAGGAGUAG